AUGCAUUCUGAGUAUGUUGAAAUUAGUGGUUUUGAUGUGAGACUGAGCACGCAGUCAAGGUUUGAUAAUAAGAUUAUAAAGAAGAAACAUUUUAUAUGUAAUCUUGGUGGCAAACAGAAAAAGAAAUCUUGUGACACAUUGUGUACAAGUGGUGCUAGGAGGAAAAGAAAUUCAAAUUCAAUAGUUAUUGGUUGUCAAGCUAACAUUAUAUUUGAAUAUGUGUAUGGAACUCCAGAUCAUAAAGUUUUUCAGUUCGAUGAACUUCACAUCCAUCCACUUAAGAAGAGAAUUGAUUUAAAAAAAGCAAGGCAAAUGUCAUAUUCAGAAAAAGAGUUUAUAGUGUGUGCUUCCACAUCAAAAAUAGGCCCAACUAUGGCUUUUAAGUUGAGGGCAAGCCUGAGAGUAAACAGAAUGAAUCACCGUCAAGCUCACUAUCCAAAUAAUUCAUUUGAGUUUAAUUGUCAAGAUGAUGUUUUGGACUGUAUCUUUUGGGCUGAUGAAAUGGAGAAGGCAUAUUAUGCUGAAUUUGGUGAUGUUAUCUCGUUUGAUGCGACUUUCCGAACAAACAAGUAUCGAAUGGUUUUUGUUUCAUUAACUGCUAUUGACCAUCAUAAAAAAUUAAUUACUGUUGGAGCAGGUUUUAUAAGCAAUGAAAGCAUUGAGUUCUACUCUUGGUUGCUUAAAGCGUUACUUAAAACUCAUGGGAAAGAACCAACACCUUUUUUAUCCGAUCAAGAUGCUGCAAUAAAACAAGAUAUUGAGAAUGGUUUUCCUACUUCAAAGCACCGAUUAUAUGAAUUAUUUACGAACACAUACUUUAUAAAAAGAUUCUCGAAGCUUGUUUGGGACAUUAAUAUGAAACAUGAUGUAUUUGAGGUGAAGUGGGGUUUCCUUAUGAAGGAAUUCAAUCUAGAAGACAAGAGAUGCUUUAAAGAGAUGUUUACAAAACGUGAUUCAUGGAUACCUGGAUAUUUUAAUGAUAUUGCAAUGUGUGGGUUGAUGAAGACUACGUCGAGGUCAGAGAGUAUGAAUUCAUUCUUUAAUACCUACUUAGAAAAUGGUAAUUUACUUUUGAAUUUCAUGAUGAAUUACGACACUGCCAUUCAAAAGCAAAGGAAUACUCAACAAGAGCUUGAUAAGGCAUCAAAGAAAGCAUCAUAUAAAAUGAAAACACCUCGAGAAAUAGAACUACAAGCAUCAAAGGUUGAAAUAAAAGCUGAAGAGAAAGAAAUAAAUUGUAGUUGUGAACAUUUCAAGCGUAUGGGUGUUUUAUGCAGACAUGAUUUUACAAUAAUGAUGAGAUGCGGUGUUAAAGAAAUUUAUGUAAGGUUCAUUCUGAAAAGAUGGAGAAAGGAUGUGAUAUCAAGAAAUUAUCGUUUUAGUUCUCUUCAAUCUGAUUUAGGGGAUCGUGAGAAUAUGAAGCUAGUCAAUGAUUCAUAUUAUAAUUUUAAAUCAUGUUUUGAUAUUCCAGGAGAUAAAAAAAAGAAAUUGGCUUUGUUUGCGGAGAAACAACAGAUGUUGUUGAAGGAACUUGAGAGUGAGAGUGAUUAUACAUCUGUUAUACUGAAAAGCAAGAGGGAUGGUGAAGUCGUAUGCCAGCUUAUGGGUGUUUAUAUUCCUAUUCCAAAAGAGAUUAAUAUUCAUGUUCCUCAAGUUCAAUGCAAUAAAGGUUUAGGAAUCAAGAAAAGAAUUCCAAGUGCAGGUGAAGUAGUAUAUGAAAAUUCUGAAAAAGAACAUAGAAUGUGUUCAGGAUGUGGAAAACGAGUUCCUCAUAAUUUAUGUACAUGUCCAGUAAGAAUUGCAGCUGCUCAAUAA